UUGAUGAAUGAUGUCUCUCCUGUGCAGACAACAAGUCUCUUCCAUUCAUGGCCAUGCUGAGGAACCUGAGGAACAUGAUCACUAGGGGCAUCAGUGAGGCUCAUCACAAGAAGAUCCUCAGCAGACUGACCAAUAAGAAAGCAGUUAUUCAGAGCCGACAGUUUCCCUUCAGAUUCCUCGCUGCCUACAAAGUCAUCAUGGAGCUUCACACUUUGGCUUCCACAUCACAACAAAAACUUCCCCCUGUUAAGGAGAUCCUGAAAGGCAUCCUGAAGAAGAUUCCCAAGAGCAGGCGCUUCAGAAAAAGCGAUUGGUCGACAACCUCGAGGAGUAGGUUGAAGGUGACCCUGGGAGUGCCAUUUAUCUAUCGAAUAUAUCGAAUGAAGAAGGCCCCGCUCCUAAAGGCCAAUCAGAUGCAGUACACUGUUGCUUUGUUGGAUCGUUACCGCAAAGCUCUGGAGACAGCGGUCCAGAUCUCCUGUUGUCACAACGUGCCCCCGCUCCCUGGACGAACAAUUAUCAUGCUCUCUUCUUGCAUGAGUACUUGUUUGCAGAAACAGGACUUUUGCCUCCCACCAGAUUCCGAGGGAGAAAAAGACGAGGAAGAUGAAGAUGAAGAAGAAUUGGGGAGUAGAAAGAAGAUAAAGGAUGAUGACAAGUUCGCUCCUUCUAUGACGGAAGUGGCGGUUUUGCUCUCUCUAAUGAUUGACAGCAGUGCUGAGGAUAGUCAUCUCUUCUUGUACGACUGGAGUUGCGGUGAAGAUGUCAAGCUGAAGUCUGAUGUCCUUUUGGAAAAUGUGCGAAGUGUCAUGAAACAAAUAAAGGCAUAUGAUGACAAGGACUGCAAUUUCUACUCCAAAUUACUGACCAAGAAAAACAAGGUUGACAACAUCAUCAUGCUGAGUGACAAGUGGAACAGUAGUGAUAUCGAGCAGACCAUCAACAGAUACAGGGAGGAAGUAAACAACAAAGUUCUUGUGGUGCAGAUCUUCUUGGGAGAAGGAAACCCCAGAAACCCAGAAUACAAUGACAGGAACUGUGUGAGGCUGAGUGGCUUCAGUGAGCAAAUGCUGAGGUUUGUGGCAGAACGAGGAUCCUCCAGGCUGCUGGACCAUGUGGAGAAUUUGGACAAAGUGUACAACAUCCCACCACUACAGGGAGCUAAAGGCACCGAGACCGCAAACAAUGUCAUACCAAUACCAGUUAGCCCCAAACUAAGGUGGCAAGGUGUGCGAGUGUUCAUCUCCUCCACCUUCAGAGACAUGCACGGCGAGCGUGACAUGUUGGUGUGGCAUGUCUUUCCAGAGCUCCGCCGCCGCGCUGCGUCACACUGCCUCUACCUGCAGGAGGUGGAGCUGCGUUGGGGUGUGACAGAGGAGGAGUCGGUUCGAACCACUGAGCUGUGCCUGUCAGAGGUGUGUCGCAGCCAGAUGAUGAUAGGAAUCCUGGGGGAGAGGUACGGCUUGGUGCCCCCCAGACCUGUCCUCCCCGACCUGCCGCAGUACAGCUGGGUAAAUAAAAUUACACAUAGAAUUAAUAAGUGGAGCUGUGGAAACAGUGAGCUCAGUACAAUGCUGUGAUUGUGUACAAGAAAAACAGCCUUUCUCAAAUUAGUCUUUCCAGUUUUACAUACAAUGAAAUCAAAUAAAUCAGGGAAUCUGCAGGUGUUAAAAAGCAUUGAUUUAGAUUUCCUAAAAAGUCUUACAUUUCAUUUACACAGGUCUUAAUUAUUUUUCUAGCCAGCUGUAAGUAAUGUUAGUUAUAAUAUGUUUUAGCAAAACCUGGCUGAAAGAUCUCUAAUACUAUUAUUCCAGACCUCUGACCUUAUAUGUGUCAGGUCCGCUCGGCGCGGCCUGCCUCUCUUCCUCCUUUCUCUCUCUCAACCUGCGGGAUCGGCACCUCUGCUGUGUUGCAUU